UCUUUUCUCUGUCACCCCCAUUUACUAUUGCAUUGUCCAUUAAGUAACCAUCCAAAAAAAUAUUCACACUUUUCUUUCUUUUUCCUCUUUUUCUUCACACCCACCACCCAAAAAUCUCACUGUAUCUUCUUCUCUCUUUAGCUCAUUUAACUAUACUGGCUCUCCCAACAAUGGAAGCUUUUAGCUUGCUCAAAUACUGGAGAGCAGGUGGUACUAUAGUUGGUCUUCCACCUUCCACCACUGAUUCCACCACCACCACCGUCAACACCACCACCAUCCUCACAACCGCUGAUACCACCACCAGCAGCGACGACGACGACGAUAACAACGAAGAUGAAGGCCCUUUCUUUGACUUAGAGUUUACUGCACCAGAAGAAGAAGAAGACAAUGUUUCCGAAGAAACCAACCAUAACAACCAACAACAACAAGAAGAAAAUGAUGAAGAAAAUGAAGAAGAAGAAUCUGAAGAAGAUGGUGAGUUUAAGAUAACACUAUCACCUUCAAACAACGAACGAAGUGAUGCAAAUCUUUCACUAUCUCCUUCACAAGAUUUAUUCUUCAAAGGAAAAUUAGUUCAGUUUAAACCUUCCUUUAUUUUCAACAACAACACUUCCGAACCUAACUCCAAACCUCAAUUCACUGCUUCAUUGCUAAAAUCAGCAACAAAAUUUCGUGUCUUCAUGUCUGGUCUCAAGAAACCAAAACCAGAUUCUGUUACAGAAAAGAAACAACAAAAACCAGACAGAAACAGAAUCAAAUUCAAAGUUGAAGAAGUUCCUAUAGUUUCACUUUUCACAAGAGACAACAGUUCCAAAGGAAACAACAACAUCAACAACAAGAAACAGAACACAACAGAACAUCAUGAACCAUUGUCACCUUUGGAAGAGAAACGUUUCUCUAAAGAUGUAGUUAUGCAUAAGUAUUUGAAAAUGGUGAAACCUCUUUACAUUAGAGUUUCUCGUAGGUAUAGUCAUGGUGAAAAAUCAAGUGAAAAGGUUGAAGCUGAAAUAGCAACGGAAGGUGAAACCGUUGCUGAAAGUGAAGAAAAUAGUGCUAAGAGUCAGAGUCAGAAACAGGGGAAUAUUCCGGCAGGGCUAAGAGUUGUUUACAAACAUUUAGGAAAAAGCCGUUCGGCGUCGUCGGCAGUGGCGGCUUCUCCUCCGGCGUUAGUUUCGUCGAAACGGCGUGAUGAUUCACUUUUGCAGCAGCAAGAUGGGAUUCAAGGAGCCAUUUUACAUUGUAAGAGAUCCUUCAAUGCUUCUAGAGAGUGUGAUGAGUCUUCUUCUCAACUACCACGUUCUGUGAGCGAUCCAUUGCGGGAGAUGUCACCAGAAUUGUCAAGGAAAUCCAGUGACAAACGACUUUCAGGUUGAACAAGGAUGGGAAAUUUCAAAGUUGAGUUCCUUUGUAUAAAUAUAAAGGAAAAUGUACCUACCUAGCUAGGAUUUUAUUAUAUUAAUUAAUUUGUAGUAGUAAUAUUUAGACUUAGAUUUUGCACUUUGCAAAGUGGAGAAAAAUAGUCAAAGUUGAACUUUAAAGUAAUGGGCAUGUAAGCAUAGUUGUCUGAGAUGAAUGAAGGAAAAGCUCUUUCUUUUGUUCAAUGUCUCUUUUGUUUUUUUUUGUUUACCUUGGUAGUGUAAAUUGUAAAGCUCUUCUUUCCGAUAAAGUGAAGUAAGAAUCAGAUCUUUUCUGCA